AUGAAGGCAUUUUAUCUGCUGUGCUUUCUUUCUCUAUCCUACCUAAGCAAUGCUCAAUACUCCAAAUUCCUAUUAGGAGUCCAGAAAUAAAAUGGCGACGUUGAUAGAAAUUACUCUCCGAGGCGCACUCCCUAUGGGGCAGGUAGGACAGAUCCUGAUGAAGCUGAAAGCAGGGCGUCUGUCCAUUUUGAAGUAGAUUUUUAAGCUUGAGGAUGCCUUCAGAAAAGGAAAUUUUGUAUCUCCCCGAAGGUUUUCCUGUCCCUGAAUAUGGAGCAAAUCCUUAUGUUAAAAAGUUUCACCAGAAAAUUCAAAACGGUGGAAUAUUGUUAAUACCUUACACCAUUUGCAAUCUUGUGUAUGCACAUUGAGUGUAGGCCACCAUUCCAGGAGCUGCUAGGAUGCCGCUUAUGGCCAUGCACAUUUUAACCUUUUAAUCUAUUAGGAGUCCUCAGAGGUGCAGAUCUCGUUGGUGAAUCAUUUACUCGCUAUUGCAAAUAUGAACCAGAAGGCUCAAAGCCAUCAGGCCAGAUCCAGCCAUACUGGGAGACUUUAAUGACUGACCUAAUCGACCUUUCCCAGAACUGCAGAUAUUUGGACGCCCUAAAAGUCCUCACAACUUUCCAGAGCUCAAAAGAUUUGAUGGAUCUCACCCUAACCCAUUUAGAUGAAGCAAGAAAUAAUAACCAAAUAAAACAGUCCUCAGAUUCCUAUGAAGCUGGAUACGCAAUUGGAGCUUUUCUUGAGCAGUAUUUCAGGAUGGUCGAUCCUUAUGCAUUCAGAUUUGUGGAAGACCCAACAGCUUAUAAAGAUUUAGGCACUGCCGCCUAUCCUGUAGCAAUAUUCCAUGGGCUGAAUCAAAAUUGCAACGAUUCAACCUAUGUGCAGUUUACAAGCUAUUUGGGAAAGCAGCUUAAUACAUAUACAAGAUGUGUGGAAAUUGGAAAUGGAGUUGCCACAAGCUUUUUGAUGUCUAUGACUGACCAAGCCAAAGAGGCUUGCCAAAAAGUAAAAGCAGACCCUAAUUUCGCAAAUGGGCUAAAUGUAGUUGGACUGUCUCAAGGAGGGCUAAUAGCAAGAUCACUACUACAAAACUGUGAUGGGCUUAAGAUCCACGUCGUCAACACUGUAGGAACUCCUAAUAAUGGAGUCACUUCAAUUCCAAACUGCUUUGUUGGUUUCACUUGUAAAAUCUUCAACGAUGCUCUUGAACUCGGAGUCUACAGACCUGUUGUCCAAGGUAUGGGACCAGCUGGCUACUAUAAAGACCAAUACAACUAUGAUACUUUCCUCCAAAGCAGCAGCUUCUUAGCAGAAUUCAACAAUGAAAAAAGCAUCAAUCAAGAAUACAUUGAAGACUAUCAAACCUUAGACUGGCUUGUUCUGCUUAAGUUCACCCAAGACGAAAUUGUAGACCCACCAGAAAGUGAAUGGUUCGGGUACUAUGCCUUGAACUCUCAAACACUUUUACCAUGGAAUGAAACCCUUGACUAUACAAACAAUUUGCUAAGUUAAGUUAAAUGGUUAAUCUGACUAUAAGCAAGCAAGUUAAAUAGCCUUUGCCUCGUCUCAGCUCUAAAAAUAGCAGACUCUAUCGACUCUGAGUGCAAAUGAGGAAGAUGGAAGGUCGCUAUUUUUGUUUUCCGUAGGCAGAGCUACGUCUGUAGGUGCCCCGCUAGAGACCAUGUGGUAUGCAAAAUCUGUCUAGUCCAGCUGGCAGGGAGAGGAAAGCCUUCUGGGAAAAACAAAACUUCCCUUUUCGAAAGACUUCCCCAAGACCUGAAGGCCUUCAAAAGAGACGGAGGCCCUGUUUUCAGCUUCAUCAGGAUGCACCUCGGAGUCCAUUUCCUUCAUGUCACCAUUUUAUUUCUAAAAUUUGCUAGGGUUUAAGGAUUUAGAUGCACAAGGAAAGAUCGUGAGACUGUCUUUGAAUUCUGGACAUUUGGACUUCACUCAACAAGAAUACACUGAGAUGGUGGUUCCUUAUCUUUUAUAA